GUGUCACUCCAAAUAGAACGUGGAGUAGCCGGCAUUAAUCUUUUUGUAAAAGAUUUACUAUUUUUUUCGAAAAUCUAUUUUUGAGAAUUUACCUUUUACCACGCCAAGUUUACACUGAGAAACAGUAAUAAAUGCAUUCAUAAUAAGGAUACUGUUGAGAACAAGUUUUGAGUUUAAACAAACACCACGUGUGCGAUUUUGUUCUAAGACAUACUUAGGAUCCUAUCCUAUAACAGGCUUCAAGUUUCUUAUAUGUGAACGACAUACGUACAGUGCAUAAAUUAGUGUCUACUGCAUACGUAGAUACGCUACAGUAAGCACCACAACGUCCACGUGCUAACAAAAAUGUCGACCAAGGCUGAUGCAGAUCUACGUGAUGGGCUCUCCGCAGCACAGAUCUUCGAGAACCGAGAGGGGCUCACCUACAAUGACUUCCUACUGCUGCCCGGCUACAUAGAUUUUACUGCUGACGAAGUCGACCUAACGUCCCCGCUGACCAAGAAAAUUAACCUGAAAUCCCCGCUGGUAUCGGCCCCUAUGGAUACUGUUACCGAAGCCGACAUGGCUAUAGCUAUGGCGCUCUGCGGCGGCAUCGGCAUCAUCCACCACAACUGCACCCCAGAGUACCAGGCCAAUGAAGUACACAAAGUGAAGAAAUAUAAACAUGGCUUCAUCAGGGACCCUGUGUGCAUGGGCCCUGAAAAUAUUGUAGCAGAUGUUAUUGAAGCUAAGAAAAAGAAUGGCUUUACAGGAUAUCCCAUUACCGAAAAUGGCAAGUUGGGAGGACGCCUAAUUGGUAUAGUCACUUCUAGAGAUAUUGACUUCAGGGAGGGUGAUCCUCAAUUAAGUCUCAAGGAAGUUAUGACGCCUAUCCAUGACAUGAUAACUGCCCAAUCUGGUGUCACUUUACAGGAUGCCAAUUAUAUUCUAGAGAAGAGCAAGAAAGGUAAAUUACCAAUCAUCAAUGGAGAUGGUGAGUUGGUUGCCCUAAUUGCAAGAACUGACUUGAAGAAGGCUCGCAGCUACCCCAAUGCAUCUAAAGAUUCAAACAAACAGCUCCUGGUUGGUGCUGCCAUCGGGACUCGUGAGUCAGACAGAGACCGCCUCAAAUUGCUAGUCAACAAUGGAGUUGAUGUGAUUAUUCUUGAUUCAUCACAGGGAAACUCAAUAUACCAGAUUGAAAUGAUAAAAUAUAUCAAAAAAACCUAUCCUGACAUCCAAGUUGUUGGAGGUAAUGUUGUGACAAGAAUACAAGCUAAGAACCUCAUUGAUGCCGGUGCUGAUGCCCUGAGGGUUGGCAUGGGCAGUGGCUCAAUCUGCAUUACACAGGAAGUAAUGGCCUGUGGUUGCCCACAAGCCACAGCAGUGUAUCAAGUUGCAUCCUAUGCACGUCAGUUCAAUGUGCCAGUUAUUGCAGACGGUGGAAUACAAUCUGUGGGCCAUAUUGUCAAGUCACUAGCCUUAGGAGCCUCAACUGUCAUGAUGGGGUCUCUACUAGCUGGAACAUCAGAGGCUCCUGGAGAAUACUUCUUCUCAGAUGGUGUGAGGUUGAAGAAGUACAGAGGAAUGGGCAGCUUAGAAGCCAUGGAGAACAAGGAUGGUAAAGGAGCUGCUAUGAGCAGAUACUUCCACAAGGAGUCUGACAAGCACCGCGUGGCACAGGGAGUAAGUGGUAGUAUUGUAGACAAGGGCUCAGUCCUGAGGUUCCUGCCAUACUUACAAGCUGGUAUGCAACACAGCUGCCAGGACAUUGGAGCUCGAUCAGUUGGUAUCUUACGUGAGAUGAGCUACUCCGGAGACCUGAGAUUCAUGAAGAGGACUUAUUCUGCACAAUUGGAAGGCAAUGUGCACAGCCUGUUCUCUUAUGAAAAACGAUUAUUCUAAAAUAGUGUCAUAAUGUCAGACAGACAUGAAAUAAACCAAUAUUAUGUAUAUCUGAAUGUAAGCAAAGAUCUAGUUAAUUUUUGAGGGAAAAUCAAUUUAUAUUUUAAGAAUUUGAAUGUAAUUAGGUGUUAAAAAUAAAUAUAUUAUAUAAGUAUAUGUUAUCCAUUGCAACAGAGUAUUCCAUUUUAAUAUUUUAUCAUGUUUAUUUCUUGAUGUUUGAGAAUCAAGCAAUUUGAUGUUGCUUUGUGAUAAAAUCAAGGUUUAAAUAAAUAAAGUGUGAACUAAAAUAA